AUGGAGCCAGUGUGCAAUUUUACGGAACCAAGAACAGAUUUUUGCGAGAUCAGUGGAGAUAUCAGGGUUGAUCCAAAGUCCUCAACAGUUUUCUUUGCUACAUCUCAAGCAAGCAUCUUGGCAGAAAACAGUACAUCAUGGAGUAUCAGACCAUAUGCGCGAAAAACAGACAAAACAGCGAUGAACAUUGUUCGAGAAUGGUCGAUAAAACCAGCUCCCCGCGAAAUACCCCAGUGCUCUCAAUAUCACAAUGUUCCUGCCAUUCUCUUCUCCAUUGGAGGAUAUGGAGGAAACCAUUUUCAUGCCUUCACUGAUAUCAUCAUUCCAUUGUUUUUGACUUCUCAACAGUUCAAUGGAGAAGUACAAUUUCUUAUCAGCAACAGUUAUCCUUCCUGGACUACCAAGUUCCAGUCAAUACUUAAAGGAUUAUCUCGGUACGACUUUAUCAACAUCGACAGAGAGGAGGAAAUCCAUUGCUUUCCGAGUCUGAUCAUUGGCCUUAAAAGUCACAAGGAAAUGGGGAUUGACUCUUCAAGAUCUCCAUAUUCGAUGACAGACUUCAGGCAGUUUUUAAGAAGCUCAUAUUCCUUAAAGAAAGCGACUGCCAUCAAAAUGAGCGAUGGCGACAAGAGAAAGCCCCGACUUCUGAUCAUUUCAAGAAGAAGAACGCGAGCAUUUACAAAUUCAGGUGAGAUUGUCAGAAUGGCUAAAGGAAUGGGAUACAAAGUACUUGUUGCAGAACCAGAUGCAAACCUCACAAGAGUUUCACAAGUCGUGAACUCUUGCGACGUAUUGUUGGGCGUUCAUGGAGCCGGUCUUACUAACAUGGUCUUCCUUCCUGAGAAUGCAAUACUGAUCCAAAUCCUCCCAAUUGGGAAAUUCGACUGGCUGGCAAGAACCGACUUUGGAGGGCCUGCAAAGGAUAUGAACAUAAGGUACCUGGACUAUGAGAUACAGCAAGAAGAGAGCACUUUGAUACAACAAUACCCACUUGAUCAUGCAGUCUUCAGAGACCCUUCUGUAAUUAGUAAACAGGGGUGGGAGGCAUGGAAGUCAGUGUACUUGGAGCAGCAAAAUGUAAAGAUUGAUGUCAAUAGGUUUAGACCAACUUUGUCAAAAGCCCUUGAGCUUCUGCAUGAGUAG